GUUGAAUUUGAAUGUGUUCCAACUACACUUAUGGAUCGAGUCAUUAAUUUUCUCAAUGAUACUAGGGAAGAUCUUAGAUCAUCAAUGGCUAAAGAUGCAGCUGCGAUCAAGAAUGAGAGCAUUCGCAUUGAUGGAAGUCCUAAGAGUAGUAAAAUAUUGAACUCCAACGGAGAGCAAUCCGUAGGUCAGCUGGACAAAGAACUAUUAUAUGACUUUCAAAGAAAAAUUACUUUCUCUAAGAAUGAGCGGCAAGAUUCAGCCUCCACCGUUCUCUUGGACAAAAGAACACCGUAUGAAUCGCUUUUAGAUAUGUCAAAUGAAGAUCAGCUUAUUGAUAAGUUGCUACAUUCGGGAGGAAUGAUUGCAGACAAGUUAAAAGGAUCCAGGCAACAAAUUAUCCUUGUAGCUUCACUCAUCGAUCGGAUACCUAAUCUUGCUGGGUUGGCCCGGACAUGUGAGGUAUUUAGAUCAGCAGGACUAGCUAUUGCGAACAAAAAUAUAUUAACUGACAAGCAGUUUCAACUUAUCAGUGUAACAGCGGAAAAAUGGGUUCCUGUUUUGGAAGUCCCGGUGGAGAGUAUGAAAGUAUUCUUGGAGAAAAAGAAACACGAGGGUUUUGCUAUCUUAGGUCUGGAGCAAACUGCAAAUAGCAUACCACUGGACCGGUACAAUUUUCCUACAAAAACAGUAUUAGUUGUUGGUCGUGAGAAGGAAGGAAUACCAGUAGAGAUAAUUCAUAUGUUGGACGCUUGCAUUGAAAUUCCGCAGUUAGGAGUCGUUAGGUCUCUUAAUGUUCAUGUCAGUGGUGCUAUUGCACUUUGGGAGUACACUCGACAACAGAGGAUGCUCUAACUCCAACAUCGCCACUAUACUUUGCAAAUGCCAGAAUUCUUUUGAAUUACAGUCUUUUCUUUUUGUUCAAAUUUUGUAUUGAUCAUUUUAGUAAAUGAUUAUCUCAUCAUAACAGUUGUUUCUUA